AUGCCGGCUCCUAUCGAAGAAAGCAACAACACACCGGGUCACCAAUCGCCCGGCCACCACAUUGAGCUGGUGGACGAUCAUCCUUCACCACGACACGAGGGCGAAGCAGGAAGCCCUGCUCUCAGAGACAGCAAAGGCUGGGACGGGAAGCUGCGGGUACCAAAGAGUGCUGUGCUCACAAAUCCCGAAGCCUUAUCGGAUCCGGAAUACUCGGACGAUGACAACGUUGUUCCCGGCGAGGAGGUUGCAGCGGAUGAAGGCAAGCAAUUCGAUGAUAACAAAUCGGUGUCCAUCUCAGCAUUGCGUCUUGAGCGCUUCAAACAAGUUGCCCGCAUUUGCCUUCGCCAAAACCUGAUCCAAGAUAUCGAAGGCCUCGCCGCCGUCGCCGAGACCCUCCAAGAUCUUGAUCUUUAUGACAACCUGAUUUCGCACAUCGGCCGCGGGCUGACUGACCUGACGAAUCUGACCAGUCUGGACCUAAGCUUCAACAAGAUAAAGCACAUCAAGCACAUCAAUCACCUGACCAACCUGACGGAUCUCUUCUUUGUUUCCAACAAGAUCAGCCGCAUCGAAGGGUUAGAAGGACUCGACAAGCUGCGCAACCUCGAGCUUGGGUCGAAUCGCAUUCGCAAAUUGCAGAACCUGGACUCGCUCAAGAACCUCGAAGAGCUAUGGGUGGCCAAGAACAAAAUCACCGAACUCACCGGCCUCGGCGGCCUUCCCAAGCUGCGUCUGCUCAGCAUCCAGUCCAAUCGGAUUCGCGACCUGUCCCCCUUGCGCGAAGUGCCCCAGCUCGAGGAACUGUACAUCUCGCACAACGCGCUCGAAUCGCUCGAAGGGUUGGAGAACAACACCAAGCUGCGGGUGUUGGACAUCUCCAACAACAAGAUCGCCAGCCUGAAGGGCAUCGGUCCCCUCGCGGAGUUGGAGGAGUUGUGGGCGAGCUAUAACAUGGUCGGCGACUUCGCCGAGGUGGAGCGAGAACUGAAGGACAAGAAGAAUCUGACGACGGUGUAUUUUGAGGGGAACCCGUUACAGCUCCGAGCGCCGGCAUUGUAUAGGAACAAGGUCCGGUUGGCGCUGCCGCAGGUGCAGCAGAUUGAUGCUACUUUCGUCCGCGUAUGAUGUAUAUGAAUGGCGAUUUUGGCGGUUUGCAAAGCAUAAUAAUUGUGUAGUCAAAGUUCAUGCAGCAUGGCACUGGCGUUCAUGGUACUACGGCGUUAGAUGGGUUGUUGAAGCAAGACAAUCGACAACUUGAUGUAUUCCCAGUAGAUCUCGUUACUACUC